UAGUACAGUAGUAGUUUUCCGCUCUGAGUGUAUUCGGAGUGCUCGUGAUGGAAGUACAUGGGGAAAUUGUUACUUUUUGCCAAAGAGUGGGCCAGUCUUCUGUUCAGAUGCAGGCUGUAUGGUGAUUGUGUUUUAGUGGGAAAUUAUAAAUGACUGAAGCUGAAGGGAAACCACCUCAGGGGACGCUGCUGUCUGCUGAGGUGGAACCUUUUGUUCCAGGGCAGUCCAACUUUGCCAAGGCCGGAGGUACAUGUACUGGUAGGCCCUCACCCACCAACGCUCAGCCUGGCCACACCCACGGCUCUGGACAGGUCUCAGCCGGGCAUGCCCACCCAGGCUCCUUCAACCCUAAGACAGCAAUGUCGGCGAGCCAGCAAAGCAUUACCACCCCCAACGGAUCCAGUUACACACUGACAGAACUACCACGCUACCUAACAAAUUGCUAUCCGUUUGUACAAGACAGUAUUACUGGCUCGGGACCCAAACCAGAUGUGCGAUGGUCAAGCUACCUGCCACACCAGCACCCGCCCCCCUCUCUCAGCUCGGCCCUCUCCUAUCCUUCCCCUUCGGGCGACCCAUACACCAGCCAGCAGUAUCCCAUGCAGGCUCACAAUAUGGUGAUGCAGUAUCCCCAGUCCUUCUUUUCCCACCCCGGGGGACCGCCCCAGCCGAGUCAGGGUCUCAUGCCCGUGUCCCAGGGAUCCUACCACACGGCGCAGCACUAUCCUGGAUAUUACCCUAACUACCCCGCCGACGGGAGCCAGUUUCAGGUGGGGCCCUAUCAAGGUGCCGGCUAUGGCUCCUACAUACAAAGGGAGCCGGUGCAGAGGCCCAGCAGGUAUUCCAGCAGUAGAGAUCGCCAGUAUUUAGGAGGCCACUCCACACGAGACCGGAGUUCAUCAUCCUCCAGCCUGGAAAGCAGGAGGUACACCAAGACCCUCGUCUGCGCGGAUGUCGGCUGCCAAACAGAUUUCCCUGAUGAAAUAGCCAACAAAACACUGGCUGAGAAGCCGAGCUUGCUGAGGCGGCAUAAGUCCAAGCCCCGUCGUCGCUCACAGGGGAACCAGACCGGCCAGGAAACUUCCACCUCGACUGACUCAGAGACGGAACGCGGGACUGUGGAUAGUGACAGUGGCUACUACAGCCCCAAGCAUGGCAAGACCAACCACGCCUCUGUAGGAAUGGCCACUCACGAUACGGGCACUGGCCCCACUGCCGUCAAGGCGCAGGGCUACCAGCAAUAUACCGGGGCCGUUGUUGGCACGGUACCACGGCAUGUCACCCAGCAAUCAGGGAGCCCGUCGGCCGUCUACAGCAUGCAGAACUCUAUGCAAGCCAUGAUGCCCCAGAUGGUACCUACCGCUAGCAACUAUGCCCAGCCCCAGCACUUGCAUCACCCAGUGCCCUCGAGGUUGCAGCAGCAGGUGCCACAGCAGCAACAGUUUCUACAGCAGCCGCCUUUAAGGCAACCAUUACAGCAGCCCAUCAGCUAUGCCCGGAUUCUUAGCCAGCCGCCGCUACCGCGUCACCCAGUCCCAGUGCCAAACCAAGCCUUGACCCUCCCCCCUGGACCGAUGCACCAGCAGUCGCCGCUCGGCCAGCUUGUCGAGAAUCCUAGAAAAAACUCUGGCGCUGCAGUCCCAGGCAAUCGGACUGCUCAGCUGAAGCCCGGGGCCAAGUGCAUUCCAGUGCAGCAGAAUGGCGCGGCCGACCAUUCCCCGGCCCAGAAUUCCAAGCGGAAAAAGAAGAAAGAUCGCAAGCGGGCAGGGCAGACUCGCCAAGGAGCGGAGGAACAGGGGAUCGAAUUGGCACCCCAGCCGCAACCCCCACCACCAGCUCUGAUGGACAUGGGCGAUUUUCCGGAGCUACCCGUAUCGGGAGAAUCUGGGGGUGGAGCUAUCCAGGGCUCCCAGCCACGAUCUUACAGUGCAAUCCUCCAGCAGCAGAAAGCAACUCCCAUCAGAGAGCAGACUAGCCCCGAGGAUGCUGACCUUGCGGCAGCCGUGGAGACCAGCCCCGCUGACAUCAUCAAACCGGAGGACCUUUUGAACCCGGAAGCUGCGGCCAGCGGGAUCCGGGAUGGGAAGAAUGCACGGAAAAGACGGAAGAAGGCCAUCCUGGCGGCCCAGGCAGCUGCAAAGGAAUAUUCCGAAAUAACGGAAGAGCAACGGCAACUUCAAGAGAACCUCAAGAAACCGAGCAAGAAGACCAAGAUGCCCAUCGAUUUCGACCUGGGCGACAUGCUUGCUGCACUGGAGAAACAACAGCAAGAGACCAAGGCCAAGACUCAGCAGCAGGGGAUGGCGGGUAAAGGCCGGCCAGCCAACAUGCCACUGACGACGGCCUCCAAGGCGCAGCAGCACAGCGAGGUCAAGCAGCCCACAGCAGCAGCUGUAGCCAAGGCGGCGGGCCCCAAGACAGCAGUGGCACCAUUGCAACAGGCAGUGCGGGACCACCGCGAGCCCGUCAAGGGCCACAAUCCCCUGGAUGCGUCGGCGCCACUGAAGAGGGGCAAGGAGAGGGAGACGCCGGUCAAGAAGAAGCCCAGCGCCCUGAAGCGGGUCAUCCUGAAGGAGAGGGAGGAGAACAAGCGACUGCGCACCUUGCAGGAGACGUGCCUGUCCGACGCGGAGGACGGACUGACUCAAGGUGAUGACAAGAGCUUAGACACUGCAGGUGGUGAUGCAGGCUUGGGCCUGUCUCAAGACGCCAGCGAGAGGGGCUCCAGCAUGUCCCCUUUCAUGGCCUCCCAGAGCGACCUCUCACCCUUGAGCCAGAUGUCGCCCAUGAGCAUGAGCCCGCUGUCCCCCGGCUCGCCGUUGAGCUCAGGUCUGUCUAGUCCUGCGACAGGGUUCAAGUCGGCCUCGGCAGCCCAGGCCAACCCAACUAUCCACAGUCGCAGGUUCAGAGAGUACUGCAACCAAGUGUUGGAUAAAGACAUUGACGCCUGCUGCACCACACUUCUGCAGACCUUGGUCAGGUUCCAGGAUAGACAGUACCAUAAAGACCCAACAAAGGCCAAAGCCAAGCGAAGGAUCGUGAUGGGACUACGAGAGGUCACCAAGCAUCUUAAACUCAAGAAGAUCAAGUGCAUCAUGGUCUCCCCAAACCUAGAGAGAAUACAAUCCAAAGGUGGGCUGGACGAUGCACUUAAUCGUAUCAUGACGCUGUCGGCAGAGCAGAACGUGCCCGUGGUCUUUGCCCUCGGCCGGAAGGCGCUCGGCCGUGCCGUCAACAAGCUGGUCCCGGUCAGCGUCGUGGGAAUCUUCAACUAUGACGGAGCCGAGGAGUUUUACAAGAAUCUUCUGGAUCUAACCAAGAAUGCGCGGGAGAGCUACAAUACCAUGAUCCGGAAAUACCAGCAGGAACUAGAAGCAGCCGCUACAGCCGUUCCAUUCUCCAAACAUCGCCAUCACCUGGGCCACUACCGCAACCUGUCCGGCUGCAGUGGCAUUUCCUUCAGCAGCGUCAUUUCCGAGCCCAUCUCCGAGGAUUACCCGGACCCGGAGCCCGAGACAGAUAGCCGGGGGAACGAGAUUGUGCGGGAGGUACGAUUCGACGAGGCCGUGACCACCGCGCAGUACGCCGCCUCCGCACCCGUUGCAUCACUAACCGGCCAGGAAUUUGUGGAGGCCGGGGACAGCAGCAACACAGGCGGCUACGAGAGCGACAGGGGUUUCAGCCAGGAAGGGGCGUAUAGUGAGGACAGCGGCACUGUGGAACCGGGGACCUCCAAGACCUCCUCAGAAACCUUGGAGGCCGCAGAGCUGGAUGAUGUGGACGAUAUGGAGGGUGACAACGAGGACAUGUAUAACCUGAGUGACGUGGACGAAGACGAGGAACUAGAUGCGAUUGAUAUGAUAGGAGUCGACGAAGAUGAAGAAGAUGAGGACGAUGAAGAUGAAGACAGAGGACUCUCCAUUAAGACGGACCUCCCGCUGGAUAAGGGACGGAUUGCCAACUGGGUAGCUGAGACACAGAACACCAUCCAGUCCUUAACACUCUGUGACAGUGACAAGAACCAAGGCUCCACUUCACUCUCGGAGGCGACGCUGGUCUCCGAGUCUUCAGAUCAUUCCGCCUCGGACAAAGACCCAACGUCCCUGCCAUCCCCCCCCAGUCAUUGCCCACACUCGCUGAAUACCUGCGAGCGCACAAAUGAAGAAGGCUGCACAAAACCCAAGAGGACAGAUUGCAAAUCAACUGCAGCAAGCAACACUGGUGGGAAACCAUCAGGUUUGGUUGACGAUCAGCCAAGCGAGAACCAUCUAGGUUGCCUAUCACAGGAGUCUAGCUAAAAUUUGAUAACUAGAAGUAAUAGAAUUUAAGAAAUCCCUUUUAUAUUUUAAAAUUGAUGCAAGUUGCUCUGAUGCAUGUGUGAUCAGUCCAGAGACAUUUUUUUCAGUGCCAAAAAGUCCUUCCUAGUUUUGUAUGCAGAAAUCUCAAGUGGCCAAGUGUGGCUUUUGGUCGGACAUUUAAGCCUAAAAGUUGAUUCCAAUGCCAGAUUGACCCCUGGAUCCCACCACAAAAAGUAAACUGUGCCCAAUCCAUGUUCGUCUAUUUUGCAUCAGCGCUCAGUGUGUCAAACAUUAUCCAUUUCAAUCCGCUUCGAUUGUACCUUUGAUUCCAGGGGGGCACAGGUGGCUAGUGCGUACAGUGCUCGCCUCUCACAACUGUGGCCCUGGGUUCGAUUCCUGGUCCACAGCAUAGGUGAUUAGAAUUGUUUGUUGGCUCUCUCACCUGUGCUAUGAGGAUCUUUUUCUCCAGUUAAGCGCCCUCUGUACAAAAUCAACCUCUGCAACCUCUGGCUGUGCUCUGUGGGCAGAUGAAAGUUGUUUGGCGGCGCACUUGAAAACAUACUGUUUAGAAUUUGCGCUUAACAAAUGAAUGCAUUAUUCUUGUGACAGUUAAUAGGAGAAACCUUCUUGGAUCCUUCGAAAUCUCCCAGCGUGCAUAAAACAACUCUAAAGAUAUGUUAUUCCAUGGAACGUGUAACCCCACGUUAAUCAGUGACGGCCAGGCUCUUUGUGCCUCCACAAUUUUGCCCAAUCCUUUAAAAUUUCGGGAUGAAUUUUCAGCGACCCAGGAAGGCACGGAUUGGCCCUAAUCAUUUCACAUGACAUGACUCUGUGCAAUGUACGCAGCACCCGGAGCGUCAGGGUUAGCGACCACGACGACCAACUUGUCUCACGGAGCUAGGAAAAGUCGGGCCCAAACAGGUUGUCAGCCCAAAUGUCACAUGAGGCAAUGUCAGAAUCGUGGCUGCGGCUUGCAGUUACACACAACUCGAUGGGAAGUGACUGGAGCCACAACCAUGGACUCGUGCGUAAUUUAAAGUAGAAGCCAAGAAAUUCGGACACAGCCUGAUUUGUAAUGACGAAUGAGCUUGUAUUAAUUUCUCGGCCGAUUUAGCCCAGAACCUACGAGCAAAUGCACCUCUGGCGAGGAGGCUUUUACCAGCAGUUAGACUCGCUCUAAAAUUUGGUGGCUUUUGUGAAACACUAAUACUCAAAAAGAUCAUUUCAAGAUUUCACGGGCCAAGUGUUGUGCCCAGAUGCUUUCUUCAAGUGCUGCAAAAAGUUGGGAAGCCAACUGUUGGAAGGACCUUUUAGCAUUGAACCAAAAGAUAAGGGCACGAAACGUGCAAAUGAAAAUGAUGAAAAUCUAUGCAGGUAAUGAACGAAAAGCUGUACAUGAACAUUAUAUGUGUCAAGUAAACAGCCUGUAGUGUGCGUAAUCUGUUACUGGUUUUGUUCUGAAGGACAGUAUUUGGGUUGGAAAAAUGUAAAUACAAAUUGUGACUUGGUCAACAGAAUAGUUGCAGGUAGCUCUCCUGUGAUAUGUCGUGCAUGUAAUUGCAAAAAGGAAAGUUCAAGUAUCUAAAACUUUUUUCAUGUAAUUCUUUCUUGGAGAUAUUAUUGACACCUUUAUGAACUCUAGCAAAGAUGUGAGACCUACCAAAUGAAAGCUCCUUAACCACUUACUGCCGAGGGACCCGGUUUAGGGUUCAUUUUCUUUAUACCUAAUGCCGGGCUGCCUGAAUUCAGACAAAAGAGCUGGGCCUUGUAACAAAACACCGUACUGGGAGCAAAAGACUGAGCUGCUGGGAAUU